AUGGAGAGGUGGAUUGGAAAAGUGGCAAUCGUUACUGGAGCUAGUUCUGGAAUCGGAGCUGCAGUUGCGGAAAGAUUGGUAGACGAAGGAAUGAUGGUAGUUGGUCUGGCUAGAAGAGUAGACAAAAUGGAAGAGUUGGCACGUACUUUAUCUAAUAGAAGAGGAAGUUUUCAUCCUAUUCGCUGUGAUGUUUCUAUUAAACAAGAUAUUCUAGAUGCAUUUCAAACUGUCAAAGAAACUCUUGGUCCUGUACACGUCUUAGUAAAUAAUGCUGGCAUAGCAAGAGUCACUGAAAGUCUAUGCAGCGGAGAUUCUGAAGCUUGGAAUGAAACAUUUUUGGUCAACGUGUUAGCACAGAAUGCUUUUAUUUGUGGCUUGAUCAAACAAAACAAACCUGAAGUAAAACGUCCUAGGGAUCAGUCACGACCUGGUAAGACAGUGUCUAACCAAUAUUCCAUUCAAAAACAAGGCGAAACUACGAAAGUAUGUAAAAAAUACUUUCUUGGAACCUUCCGGAUAUCUGAUCGGUCACGGGCCAUUAAUAAGAUAAAACAAGGGGAACCACCUGGUUCAGAUAAUUCAGGCCAUGGUAUACCAACUAAUAAAAUAUCUGGAGAACGUAUGAACUGUGUCCGGAAACAUAUUCAAAAUUUUCCAUCUGACCAAUCGCACUACACAAGGAAUAAGAAUCCCAAUCAUAGAAAAAGAACUGACUCGUGGUAUUCCCGAAAAGAAAAAUCCCUUAAACACUUAUUAAAUCAACAGUUCGAUAAAGAUUGGGAGAAAUUCCAAGAACUUGACUGGUACCGGGAAUUGCUUAAUGGUAAAAGCUCAAAUGAAAAGGAUGAUGAGGAAGAGAGAGGGGAGACAUGUGACUGUCUGGAAGAGGAACCAACGCUUCAGAUUUGA